ACGAGUUCAGGUUGCCAGAAAACUUGCGAACUGUUCAGGAACUGCACUUCUACGACCCCGGCCCCGGAGUGCACGAACGGAUGAUAAUGCAGCUCGCCUCGGGGCGGAGGAUGGAAGGGUUCGGUAACGCUCCUGGUGACCCUCCUCCUCCCCCGCCUCCUGAAGCUCAUGAAGGACUUGUAGAAGGCCUACCAUCAGGUUCCCGGAAUGUGCGGAUGCUUGAGAAUGCCGACAAUUUACCGCCUGGAUUGAACGAGAGGAUGAUCAGGGCGACGAGCUCCGGGAGGAGGAUGCAAAGGUUUGGAAACGCCCCGGGCGACACGCCUCCCCCUGCGCCUGGGGAGGGAUGGACAGAACAGAAACAGUCUGCGUCGAGCUCGCGCACAGAGCUUCGUCCUGCUCUACAACCCAGGUUCAAGCUAGACUUCCUGACUGGACGCGAAAGGGAGGAGAUGCGGUUGCUGCGGUUGCGCAACCGCGGGGGGAGUGAAACGGAUAGCAGGAUCAGGCAGCUAGGAACUGGCCGUUUGAU